AUGGACUUCCACCUGACGAACAACUCGUGGGGGGGCCCCGACGUCUCCAGCGGGCUGCUGCAGGCCAUUAAGCGCGCGAGCGCAGCGCAGCAGCUCUUCGUUGCUGCUGCUGGCAACAGCAGCAGCAACGCCGACCUCCGCCCCGAGUACCCCGGCGCCUACAAAGUCGACAACGUCGUCUCCGUGGCUGCGACGGACGACCAGGACAAGCUCGCGGCGUUCAGCAACUUCGGCAAAAACGCCGUGCACCUCGCUGCUCCGGGGGUUUUCAUUGUUUCUUCUUUUCCGCCGAACACUUUCAAGUCUCUCUCCGGCACUUCCAUGGCCGCUCCCGUCGUGGCUGGCGUCGCUGCCAUGCUGCUCUCCGUCCGGCCCAUGAGGGUCCAGGAGCUCAAGGACAUUCUUUUCGAGACCGCCGACAAGCCCAAGAGCAUUCGAGGCGAGGCCCAAACCCUUUUUCGCGUUUCCCGCGCCCUCCAACCGGCCCUAUUUCCUUUCUUUGCUUUGCUUUGCUUUGCUUUCUUUUGCUUUGCUUUCUUUUGCUUUGCUUUGCUUUGCUUUCUUUUCUUUUAUAAACUCCGGACGAACGGGCGCGUGAGCGCGGGCUACGCCGUGUGCGCAGCCGAAGCAGCAGCAGCAGCAGCAGCAGCAGCAGCAGCAGCAGAGCGCAAGAACAAGUCGGUGAUCUUGAGGAAGCUAAAGAGACAGAAAGAAGCGGCGAAGAAAGCGGACAGCAAAUUGGAAAACAAAUCCGAAAAUAAAUCCGAAAAUAAAUCCGAAAACAAAUCCGAAAAUAAAUCCGAAAAAGCGGAAGAACAAGAAGCACCAGCAGCCAGAACUCGCGGCUGCGUCUAG